AUGUCCAAACCGCAUGGUAUUCGCAUACCGGGAGCGAUUCUGGACGUGCUGAAGAAUACAGAUUAUGAAAACGAUGAACGUUUCGCUAGCAAAAAGAGGAAGAAAGGCUCUACGGUAGGAAGGAAGGAAAAAAGAAAGCAACAGCGUUUGGCUAAAAAGCAGAGACAUCAAAGGAAUGAUCUACCUCGCGGCGAAAACGUCCAAUCUUCAUUCAAAAAACCCAAGUCAGAGAAGAGGAAACAAGUUAAAUUUGUUGAUGAUGUUGUCUCUGAAGAUGACCAAGAAUCAAAUGAACUUCAAGAAGACAAUAUAGGCAACUUUGAGCAAGCCGACAGUGAAACCGAAGACUUGACUGAAGAUGACAACUUUAGUGAAGAUGAAGAUACUGAAAUGACAGUAGAGGAGACAAUGGAAGCUCUAAAAAGAGCAAAAUCUUCUAAAGCUGCAAGAACUGAAGAUCACACAGUAAAUUACCAACAGAGUGGUAGCAAAGAUGAAGAGGAGCUCAGCGAUGACCUUUCAGGAGAAGAAGAAGAAAAAGAAGAAGAAGAAGAAGAAGAAGAAGAAGAAGAAGAAGAAGAAGAAGAAGAAGAGGAAGAGAUGACAGUUGAGGAAACAAUGGCAGCAUUAAAGGCUGCCAAAGAAAAGAAGAAUGGGAAGGACAAGAAACUCCAAAAAAUAAAGAGUGAAAGCAAAUCGAAGGGAUCUGAAAAAAGCCAUCAGCCAGCUCCAUUGACACCCUCGGAACGAGCUCAAAUAGAAAGAGACGAAAUGGACAUGUCGUACUACGCUAAGAAGUUAGGUUUGAAAGGAAAAACAAAAAAACUCAAGGCUAGCGAUGAAUUUGACGCCGUUGGGGGUCUUCUAGAGGGUUUAGAUUUUUUCGAAAAUUACGGCGAAGAUGAUGCAUAUGAUGGAAAAAACUCCAUCGCUGGUGUACCCAGUAGCGAUGAAUAUGAUGGUACCGAUGAAGAAAAUCUCAGCAACGAGGGAUCUCAUAGAAACGGUGAAGAAUCAAGCCAUGAUGACUCCAGUGAAGAUGAUAUUCAAAAAGCAUUCUCUUCGGAUGACGAGUUGUCUUCUGGCGACUUCGAUGAAUUUGAUGAAAAUGAUCUGAACGAGGAGGAGUUAGAACAACUACGAGAGCUCGAGGGGGAUGAUUCGGAUGUUUCUAGCGGCAAGAAAGAGAAUCCCUAUGUGGCUCCUAAUAUGGAUGCUACUGAGUAUAUUCCACCUUCUUUGCGUCGCCAACAAUUGUCAAGCAAUGAACCAGAUAAUCUAAUUGAGCUGAGAAAGAAGAUUAAAUCAUCUUUGAACAAAGUUUCGGAAUCAAAUAUAUCCGUUAUUGUUGCGGCUAUUAAUGAUUUAUAUGAGUCAAACCCUAGACAGUAUGUCACAGAUAUAUUGAGUGCUCAGAUCACCGAAAUUAUAUGCCAGAAGAAUAAAUUAUUAGAUAGUUUCAUUCUCAAUUAUGCUGCCCUGAUCGUAUCAAUGUGGAAGCUCAGGGGUAUUGAGGUUGGUGCUUCUUUCACACAAUAUUUGGUCCAAAAAUUUUUGGAUUUGUAUGAAGCUCAGCAAUCAGUUUUGCAAGGCGCUAACGCGCACGGGAACACCAGUGAACCAGUGAUAAUUCCCAAGAAUUGCAGCAAUUUAAUAACUCUUCUAUCUUACUGCUACAAUCUUGGUUUAAUAUCUUGCAAACUAAUAUAUGACAUGAUCGCGUUAUUCAUCAUGACUCCAAACGAGUUCACCACCGAAUUGUUACUGAGAAUAGUAUCGGUAUCAGGUCCAUUAAUUCGUGGUGAUGAUCCCAAGGCUUUGAAGGAAAUUCUUUCUGAUCUAUUGAAAAACGUCAAGUCAGUGUCGUUAACGCCAAGAUUGAAAUUCUUACUGGAAACAAUGUCAGAUUUGAAAAAUAAUAGAUUAAAACCAUCGGUAAUGGCUACCAACCAUUCGAGCAUGAAGAAGACUAUGUCGGCAUUUCUCAAAAAUUCAAUUUCCUCAGCCACCGAUCCAUUACAAGUUACGCUAGAUGAUAUUAAAAGCAUUGAAUCUAAGGGUAAAUGGUGGCUAGUAGGUGCAUCUUGGAAAGGCAACCUCGAAACGGCAUUUGAUGACAGAUCUUCAUUGAAUGAGAAUAAUAGCCAGGGAGUCUCAAAGAUUGUGGUUGAGGAUAAUCUUCUAGAUGACAUUCCUGAUUGGACUGUAAUUGCGAAGCAACAGAGGAUGAAUACAGACAUUCGGAGGGCCAUAUUUGUGAGCAUCAUGGCCGCUCAGGAUUUUAUGGACGCAUUCGCAAAGAUCGAGAAAUUGAAUCUCAAAAAUAAGCAAAGUCUUGAAAUACCGAAGGUAUUGAUACAUUGUCUAUCGAUGGAGGGAAAGUCUAACGGGUAUAAUCCGUAUUAUGGUCUUUUAGCGGCGAAACUAUGUGAACAAAACCAUCACUUAUUAAAAUCGUUCCAAUUUAUAUUCUGGGAUAUUAUCAAAAAGUUUGAAAAUGAUCAUGAUUCUGAUCCUGAAGAUGACCUGAAUGAGGAUGAAACGGACGAAGCGCAGCGCUUAAAGAAAAUAAGUAAUCAAGGACGCUUUUUCGGUUAUCUCAUUUCGCAGGGUGUAUUUAGCCUAAAUGUUUUUAAGCAUGUUCCUUUAAUGGGCGGUUUAAACUCGGACGGGAUCUUAUUCGUGGAAAUUCUAUUAUUUCAAAUUCUUCUCUCGGUAGCGAGGAAGAGCGAAACAAAGUCAAAGAAAGAUUCUCAGAAGGUGUAUGAAUACAAAGAUGAUCACCUAAGAGGACUCAUAAGUUCCCAGAUUAAGCUGGAAAACAAGCCAGUCAUCUUGAAGGCUUUCAAGUGGUUUACUACCAAGAAAUUUAAAUAUGAGAAGUAUGUCUCUUCCAACGCAAAAUCGAAGGAAUAUGAGCGAGAAAAAAGGCGUUUACAAUGGGCAGUACCCAAGUUCGUCGAGUUAAUUAACCAGGAACUGGCAGUUAUAAGUUCUUGA